GCGAACACAUCAGUAUUCUAACUUAUUAGCGUCGUACCGAAGAGCUUUGAACGUAUCUAUUAAUUUUGUGUUCCUCCGUAAGAAUCUAGUUUCUUUAGACGAUACUUCACAGGAGGAGGCAAUUUAUAUUAAUAAUUAUCAAAUAAAAUGUCCAACGUUAUUCAAUGCUUGGCUACCCAGAUAGCACAAUCGUUAUGGACGACGGACUGGAUACUGAUUUUUCUUCAAACGCUCAUCAUACUCUACAGACCUGACAUUGCCGAUCCCGAAAACAGGGUCAGGCCGACACCUCCACCCAGUCUACGAAGUAAUUAUGACUUCAUUAUAGUCGGGGGUGGCUCCGCGGGUUCCGUAUUGGCCAGUCGAUUAUCCGAAAACGAAAAGUGGUCGGUGUUGCUGCUCGAAGCUGGCCCAAACGAACCUCAUGCCACUGAUAUACCUGUCGUAUAUACGAGUGUAGCAUCGACUUCGUUGGUGUGGAAUUUUACAUCCUAUCCAUCUGAUAACUAUUGCACGGGACAAGACAAUCGGCAGUGUUCUUGGUUCAGUGGCAGGACCCUCGGUGGAAGUAGCACGAUAAAUGGGAUGAUCUAUAUACGUGGGAACAGACGAGAUUAUGACCGCUGGGAGGAAGCGGGUAAUCCAGGAUGGAACUACGAAAGCGUGUUACCGUAUUUCAAGAAAUCCGAAGACAUGAGAAUCGAAGAAUAUCAAGAAUCCCCCUACCACGGCGUCGGUGGAUAUCUGACCGUCGAAAACUUUCGUUAUCGUUCACCUAUAACUAAUUAUUUAAUGGAAGCAGCAAGAGAAAUGGGUUACGACGAAGUUGACCUGAAUGGAGCAAAUCAAACCGGAUUCAGUUUAACUCCUGGAACAUUAAGGGAUGGUCUGAGAUGCAGCACAGCGAAGGCUUUCCUUCGUCCAGCUUGGAGGAGAAGUAAUCUACACAUCAGCACCGACUCUUACGUGGAAAAAAUCUUGGUACGAGAUGAUGGAAACAGGAAAAUUGCUUAUGGUGUGCAAUUUCGUCUUCAAUCUACUAGUUAUAAAGUAACAGCUAAUCGUGAAGUGAUACUGUCAGCUGGGGCAGUACGAUCGCCACAACUGUUAAUGUUGUCUGGUAUCGGACCAAGAGAUCAUUUGGUCGAUUUAAACAUUCCAGUGUUUCACGAUGUCCCGGGUGUAGGGAGUAAUCUUCAGGAUCAUGUGACGUUCACUGGACUCAAUUAUAAUGUGACUAUCCCAAAAAAUUAUUCAGGAUCCGAACCUUUCUCAUACGCAGGGCAGGAUGCUUUUGACUCUCAGACCCUCACACAGUUCGCCAUAAACAAUACUGGAAUGAUGUAUGAAAAUCCAGAUACUGACAGCAUGGUUUUAAUUAAUACUAGGAAUUCAGGAAAGGUAAUACGAAAUUUUAGUAUAAAAAAAUUCGUUUGCAGAUAUGCGAACGGAUCUGGAGAUUAUCCUAAUGUAGAGUUAGCAUUAUCACCUGGAGGAAAUGCUACGGCAACUAACGUAGUAGCGAGCACGACUUCCUUCUCUGUGUUGCCAUUAUUAUUAAGACCAGGAAGCAGAGGAUACAUCAGACUAAAUGCCACGGAUCCUGAAGGAUUUCCAAUCAUAGUUCCCAACUAUUUCCAGGAUCCCCAAGAUCUUGAAGUUUUGGCCGAAGCAGCGCAAUUCGUUUACGAUAUGUCGAGAACAUCUGCGUUGAGAUUUUUAAACACUCAACCGGACAUAGACAGAAUUCCUAGCUGUUCAACGUUCGAAUAUUUGUCAAUGAAUUAUUGGCGUUGUUUAGUCCGAUAUUACACUGCCUCGGGGUUCCACCCAGCUGGUUCGUGCAAAAUGGGACCAGCUAGCGACCGAAUGGCAGUGGUCGACGCUAGACUCAGGGUGCACGGUGUAUCUCGACUACGAGUGAUCGACGCCUCGAUCAUGCCUACCAUCGUUUCCGGGAACACGAACGCGCCUACUAUAAUGAUCGCUGAGAAGGCUUCUGACAUGAUCAGAGAAGCCUGGACAGCACCGUUAAUUCCUGCGAUAUAAAUUAAAAUGUAUAUUUUACUGAUACAUAAACCGGAAAGAGAAACUUCUCACAUUUUUGUCUCCGUGCAAUAAACGAAUUAGCUCUGAAUCCA